UGCUCAUGUUCGUUGGGGGUAGAAUACUUAACCAAGCUGCCAUGCAACUAUAAGUACCCGAUGCGUGUAUGGCUCCACCCAAAGCUCAGCAACCCCUGAACAAGGAAGAAUUAGCCAUCAAGAUCGACUGAUUGGUCGAUCGGGGCAGUAAUGGCAUUGCUCGCCGAGUACAGCAGCCAGGAGCUGCUCCAGGCCGAGCUCCAGCUCUGGCACCAGUCCCUCGGCUUCUUCAAGUCCGCCGCGCUCGCCAUCGCCUUGGACCUCCGCAUCGCCGACGCCGUCCACCGCCUCGGCGGCGCCGCCACCCUGCCCCAGAUACUCGCCGAGGCCGGGAUCAGCCCGUGCAGGCUCCGCGACAUGCGCCGCGUCAUGCGCGUGCUCACCGUUUCGGGCAUCUUCAUCGUCCAGCACCCGGACGAGGCGGCGGCGGCGGCGGCGGCAGAAAGCAGGCACGACGCCGCGGUCUACAAGCUGACGGCGGCCUCCCGCCUCCUCGUCAGGGACAAGAGCUCGACGGCGACGGGCCAACUGCCUCAUUUCCUGACCGUGCAGCUCUUGCUCGGGCCGGUCCGAGAUUCUCCGGUUAGCAUGGGCAUGCGCAAGUGGUUCCGGCAGCAGGGCGACCAGCAGCAGCCGGGUCUGUCCCCGUUCGCCAUGGCGUACGGCGGCCAGACGGUCUGGGAGAGAGCGGAACAUGACGCCGCCGCGUUCCGGUUCAACGACGCCAUGGCCGCGGACACCGCCUUCCUGAUGCCGAUCGUCCUCAGGGAGUGCGCCGAGGUCUUCCGUGGGCUAACCUCCCUCGUCGAUGUCGCCGGCGGCCUUGGCGGGGCCGCUGCGACCAUAGCAGCGGCGUUCCCGGAUUUGAAGUGCACCGUGCUGGAUCUCCCACAGGUCGUCGCAAAAGCUCCCUCUGGUACUGACGUGCACUACGUUGCUGGUGACAUGUUUGAGAGUAUUCCACCGGCGAACGCUGUGUUCCUCAAGUGGAUUUUGCAUGAUUGGCGCGAUGACGAGUGUGUCAAGAUAUUGAAGAACUGCAAACAAGCUAUAUCUCCACGAGAUGCUGGAGGAAAGAUAAUAAUAAUAGAUAUGGUGGUCGGAUCUGGGCCGUCAGAUGAUAUCAAGCAUGCAGAGACACAAGUUUUGUAUGACCUCUUAAUCAUGAACAUCAAUGGAGUUGAACGAGAUGAGCAAGAGUGGAAGAAGAUUUUCUUCGAGGCUGGAUUCAAGGACUACAAAAUUAUACCUGUUCUCGGUGUUCGAUCUGUUAUCGAGCUCUAUCCUUGAAAGCUUGGUGAACAGAACACCAUCCAAAGAAUAAGACAUCACAAAAUUAUAUAUAUACUGGUUCUGAAUUAUUGUUAAGAUGCAUAGUGUCCAAUAAGUGGCCCUAUACAUAUGUGGGGGAUUCAUAUUCGGGCAUCUGACCCUACAAAAGGAGUAAAACCUGUUUUAUUACUUUGGUGCUUGCCUACUUAGACCUGGAAAAAAGUUUGCACAUGUAUAGUGCUUUGCUCAAAGUAUACAUG